GCAUCAACCACCAUUAAUGCUAGAAUGGGAGACAAUCACUAUGAGACCUUUCAGUAUGGAGUGGGAGAUACGAUCAGUAUCCAGUCGCACAACCCCCCAUCACCUCUUUCAAAAAAAGAAAUUGCCCGACGGGCUGCCUCCGCGACAUGGGAUCAAUCGCUGUCUCCUACAGAGUUAUCUCUCCAAAACCCACCACUACCAGGAUCAAAUGGAGACGGAUAUGCUGUCAUUAAGCUAAUCGAUCCGGUUCGGGUUGGAUAUGGCAAAAGAUCCCAGAUAUUUGUGAUCAAGGCUCUCAAUACUUCUAACUUGCCACAUGUCCCGACAGAUCAGGACCUGGUGGCCAAGAUAUACGACCCUUUAUCUUGCGAGUUUGACUUCGACGAUGAAGACCCCUUUCUCGGAGUUGACUAUGAUUACACUCAUGAAUGCGGAGCAUAUAUGCAUCUCUCGGACUUGCAGGGCGCUGUUAUUCCCAAAUUCUUCGGGUCCUUCACCCUCAAAAUUGCCGUCGGUGACCGUUUUCGCCUGAUUCGGUUGAUCUUAAUUGAAAAGAUCAACGGUAUCUCGAUGGACAGGCUGAAUCCCGAGAGCUUCACGACAGAACAACGCCAAACAAUCUUGAAAGAAAUCGUCGACGCGGAAUCUCUUCUCUACGAACGCGAUGUCUGGCAUGAGGAUCUAUAUCCACGCAAUGUUAUUAUCGAAUGCAGCGGUAAAGCCGUAGUACGGGUUACUGUUGUCGACCUGGGAAAGUCGGUCAUCGGACGAUCUCGCAACCCAUUGGAUAGGGAUGAAGAACAGCGCUACCUUCCGGGAGUUUUUAUUAGUCCGUUGCUGAGGUGGAAUGUUUACUUUCGACGACAGAUGUUCUUCGAGGAUUGGAUUAAUUGGGCAUGGCAGGAGUGGCUGGAGGAUGAGUACAAGAGAACCGAGAGCACCAUUACUGAGGAACAGCGGGAGCUGUGGCGAGUGUAUGACUGGAUGAAGGAGUGUCCGCCUCAUCCUUCGGAUUAG